AUGCGGGCGCUCCCCUUCGGUAUCUUGUGGGACCCAGCCUGGGCCCCCGACGACUCGAUGAUGGCCGGUGCCGCCGCCGCAUUCAUCAUCUUCGCUGCAGCCUCGCUGGCCUACGUCCUCUUCUUUGACCGACUCAUCUGGCAGCCCCUCCGCCUCCGCGUCCGCGCAUCCGUCGGCGAGUUCCCUCACGUCAACAUGCUGGGCACCAAGAGGGCCGGGCCCAAGAUCAAGGGCACCUGCGUCGUCGCUGGCGGGAGCCUCGCCGGCCUCUUGACCGCCCGGGUCGCCAUGGAUCACUUUGACAAGGUCGUCGUCGUCGAGCCCGACAGCCAGCUCGAGGAGCGCCGCGGUAGGGUCAUCCAGUGGCCGCAGGCCCACUACUUCGGGAACGCAUUCUAUCAGGCCGUCGCGGGUCUCUUCACCGACGCUUUUGACGAGGAGGCGGACAAGGAGGGCAUCUUCCUCCACGAUCCUGGCCUGGGACGCUUCGUGUUUGGUGAUCGCAGCCUGCCGUCGGUUGAGACGGGCUGCCUCGUAUUUGGCGCCCAGAGGAUGGCCAUGGAGCGCUUCCUCCGACGCUGCUUUGACCGCACAUGCUCGGGCCGCGACGACGUCGAGUUCGUCAAGGGGUCGGUGACGGGACUGGUACCGAGCCACGAUGGCCAGCGGGUCGAUGCAGUCAAGGUGCAAAAGGACGAAGGCGAGUCGUACAUGCUCCCGGCCUCGUUCGUCAUCGACUGCACCGGCCCGGCAUCGUGCGGCGUCAAGUGGCUGACCGCGCCGCUGGAGGAGCCACUGCGAUCGCCCGGCGUCGAGGGCGACGAGGAGCGUCGUCAUGCGUGGACGGCCCCUCCUCGCUGGCGCUACCACCCGACGCUGACCUACUAUUCGGCCCUGGUUCAGGUGGCUCCCGAAGAUCUCGAGUCGCUGCCAAAGCCGCCGCACUGUCAGGACAAGGGCUGGGACGAGAUUGGCAUCCUCCUGGCGCAAGUGCCGUCGCUGCUCGCCUCGGACCAUCUACAGCUCGUCCUCCUCUUCCACGGCCAAAAGGGCCUGUUCACAUUCUUGCAUGGCGACAGGCAGGAGAAGCUGCGCCCGACCAAGGUUUCGGACUUUCGACGAGCCUCCGACGAGCUCGACUUCGGCGUCUUGGGCAGCCAGCCUCCCGCGUGGCAGGAUGAGCUGAUGGACGCACUCGAGCAGCUGGAAGAGCAGGGUAAGAUUGAAAUCGAGUACAAGGAGUACCGCAACACCGCGACGACCUACAAUCGCUACGUCGAGGUCGCCGACAGCCUCCCGGCCAACUUUAUCGCGCUGGGCGACUCGGUCUCGAACACCAACCCGCGCUUCGCCCAGGGAACCCGCAAGAUCAUCACGGAGCUGGGCACCCUCAACGCGAUGCUGCACGACCUCGACUGGGCCGCGCAGCCUCGGUCGCUUAAGGACGUCGCCGGCAGCAACAACGACGACGACGCAAAGGAGGCGCUGGUAUCCCCCCCGGAGAUCCCCGGCGACUUCUGCAGGCGCUACUUUGACGACGUCCACGGGCGCGACGUCAACGUGUGGCAGUUUUGCCAGGCCGAAGACUACGCUUCGGACACGACCCAGACCCUCGAUGCCGGCGAUUCGCGAAGGUCGGGCUGGUUCGAGAGGUGGUACAGGCUGGCCCUGGGCCGUGUGGCUGCCAAGGACAAGGCUGUGGCGCGCCUCGUCGUGGGCCUGCUCUCGUCGGACACGCGCAUCUCGCCCAUUGACCCGCUGCACCCGCUCCUGUUUCUCAGGACAAUGUGGCACAUGCCCGCCGUGGUGAUGAGGUACAAGCUCGGUCUGCGCGUCAACGCGGGCGGCCGUGCUGCCCGUCGUCGUCGUCAGGAUGGAGCUCCUCUCCUCUCUGGUGUCGACAAGUCGUCGUCGCUGAACUAG